CGACUGCGAUGGGCGGGCCACUUUGCAUGGUCAAAAGAAGGUAACAAGGGCUGGAUUUGUCAAAAUACUUGGUGAAGGACCCGCGACCUAUGUCCACACGAGCAUCAGCACCUUUCAAUUUUAAUGUGGUUUCGUCAUCAGACUGCAUGCAUUUUUCGCAGUGUUAAACCAGAUGCCGUACUUGCUUUUGCGAUACCCGCAGCAUGUAUGGCUGUUCUAGCCGAGGCUUUCUUUCGCACUGAAUACGCCGACGCUGACGCUACCGCUGCCUGCGAGUUUGAUGCCAGUAGCAAUCUCAUCAAGCCACACCAUGUUCGGGAAUUGGAAACGAAAGGCAUCGUGGUGAUUGAGAAUGCAGUAACGGCCACAACUCUGAGAGGCGCACGCAGUAACAUUCGUGAUUUUCAAAAAGAAGGUUCGAUUUGGACAAAUACACGCGUGGGCGGUUUUGCUCCUAGUGGAAACGAUCCUGACGUCCGACAGGAUCUGAUUGCUUGGGUGCGUAGUAGCAACGUGUCCGACGAUGAAGCUUCCACGAGGUCGCACCACGUCGAAACUCAAGGUAGCUUACUGAUAGUACAGGACAAGAACAAUCGCCAAGAAAACAGUCCCCUUGGGAAAGAUCUCCUGUACAGUAUUCAGAUACUUCGUGGGAUUCCAUUUGCUUUGGAACAAUGUGGCUACUCGGCUUCCAAAAAUCACCGUGUGCCAAGACAAUGCCAAUUAGCUAUGUACCCGGGCAAUGGUUCAGCUUCUUACGAACGCCAUUUAGAUCAGUGCGAUGCUAGUGUUUACGAUCUUGGGAUUCUGGAAUGGUUGCGGCUAAGUGACUACCGUGAGAGAGCCAUCACGACAAUUUUGUAUCUCAAUGAGCCGAAUCGUCCUGAAAGCCAUGGCGGAGCUCUCCGAUGCUGGGUAGCUCGUGACAUCGAUACGAAAAGAGACAACAAAAACCGAAAUGAAAAAGAUGAUUUUCGCCCUCCAUUUGAUGUUAAGCCAACGGGAGGGACGAUGGUCAUUUUCCAAAGUGGAAAGGUCGAUCACAAAGUACUGCCAUCAACAGAGGAGAGAUUUGCUUUAACUAAUUGGGUAGCUAGUUCCUGA